AUGGCGGCGGCGGCAGUGCUGAGUAAUGUCUGGUGCUCAGAUAUCAGGAUGUCUAAAGCAGCAGAGGAGGAGAAGCCUGGGGCUGACUAUCCAGGGGACAGUUCAGACUCUGACAGAAACAGCCCUGAUGACCAGGUCCAGCCAAUGAAAACCAGCCCCUUCAGCCUCUCUCCCACACCAGCUGGCACCAAGGCAAAGAGUGAGGAGAGCUCUGAGAUGACCCAUAUCACCAUUGCUCAUGCUGCACCUCCCUCCCAACAGCAACAACAGCAGCAGCAGCAGCAGCAGCAACAGCAUCAGCAGCAACAGCAGCAACAGCAGGCCCAACACCACCACACACAGUUGAUGCUGGCUGGCAGUCAACUAGCAGGGCUUGCCGCUCUCCUCCCGGCUCAGCAGCAGCUGCUCCUCCAACAGGCUCAGGCUCAGCUAUUGGCAGCCGCCGUUCAGCAGUCGAACGCUGCCCACGCCGCCCAUGCCGCUCACGCUGCCCACGCCGCCGCGCAGCAACAAGCCAACCAGCAACAACAACAGCAGCAGCAGCAGAACCAAUCACAAUCCCAGCAGCAACAGCAGCAGCAGCAACAGUCAACCAAACAGGAGCAAGCCCCGCCUCCACCGCAGCUGGCCCUGUCACAGCCAAUCCAGCUCACAGCCCAGGACAUCCAGCAGCUGUUGCAGCUCCAGCAGCUGGUUUUAAUGCCGGGUCACCCUCUCCAGUCUCCUGCCCAGUUCCUUCUGUCUCAGCCAGCACAGGCACAGCAGCCGCAGCAGGGUUUGCUCUCGACACCAAAUCUGAUCCAGCUACCUCAGCAAAGCCCAGGAGGACUACUGACAAGUCCACCUCGCCUGGGACUCCAAGCACAGAGGGAGAAGAGCGGUGAUGUUGUUGUCGGUGGAAGCAGUGGCGGCUCUGUAGUCGCCACCGGCAGCAGUGGCGUUGUGACGUCUGUGGGAUCCACCUCGGCGUCCAGCAGUGCCAUGGCUUCCUCGCUGACAUCCGGCUUGACUUCUGGAGGUCACGGGGGUCACGGGGGUCACAUGGGGGAAGAGCCCAGUGACCUGGAGGAGCUGGAGCAGUUUGCCCGCACCUUCAAACAACGACGCAUCAAGCUGGGAUUCACCCAGGGAGACGUCGGCGUGGCUAUGGGCAAACUGUACGGCAACGAUUUCAGCCAGACCACCAUCUCCCGAUUUGAAGCGCUCAACCUGAGCUUCAAGAACAUGUGCAAGCUGAAACCACUGCUGGAGAAGUGGCUGAGUGAUGCAGAAACCAUGGCAGUGGACAGCAUGCUGCCCAGCCCAUCUUCUCUCUCCUCCCCGAUGUUGGGCCUUGAGGGUCUACCCGGCCGACGCAGAAAGAAGCGCACCAGCAUCGAGACCAACGUGCGAGUGGCUUUAGAGCGCAACUUCAACGCGAACCAGAAGCCUACCUCGGAGGAGAUCCUGCUCAUGGCGGAGCAGCUCAACAUGGAGAAGGAGGUGAUUCGUGUUUGGUUCUGCAACCGCAGGCAGAAAGAGAAACGUAUCAACCCCUCCAGCAGCACCACCCCUCCCCUGCCCAGCCAGACCUCGCCUGUUGUGACGCACAAAGCCUCCUGCUACAGCCCGCACAUGAUAUCGAGUCAUGGUCUGUCCCAGGUCACCACCAGCCUCAGCACAACAGUGACAAACAAACCCGCAAUAUGGCAUUAUGGCAUCAACACUACUCUUCUGCUCUCCCCUUCAGCCGCCAGUUCAUCACCUUCAGCAUCCUGCCCCAUGACUCCCGUCAGCUCGGCUGCAGUAGGUUCCACCUCUUCUGCUGUGACCCCGCCCCCUCAUAGCACAGCCAGUCCCGCCCCAUCCAGCCUCGGGAUCCACGGGCUCAGCACCGGGAACACAAUGAUGGGAGUAAGCACAGGGAUGAACCAGGCCCUCAUUGGCAGCAAUCCCCUGGCUACCAUGCAAGCCCUGGCAGCCAGCGGUGGUCAGCUGCCCAUCUCCACCCUCGAGGGGGCAGCGGGUCACAUGCUUCUGGGGGGACCUGGGGGUCCCGCUUCCCUCCGCCAGUCCCUCUUCCUCAACCGUCCCACUCUCCUCCCCAUGGUGACCGCUUCCAUGGCGACCGCUUCCACGCCCACUAUUGGACUGGUGAGCGGAGGCAGCAGCAGCGGUGCAGGGUGCGGUCCAAGGCCCCCCUUCUCCCAGUCUCCGUCCCAUGGUACCAGCGACCUCAUGAGCCCGACCUCGUGCCCCGAGGAGUCCGCAUCUCCUUGUUCAAGUCCCGCAUCUUUCUGUUCCUUCAGCGAAGCCUCGCCACCGCCCCUGGGAGGGGCCAUGGCCGAGUGAUCCCUGACUGACAGCCAAAGUAUCCUAUCAGAGGAGGACGAGGAGGAGGAAGAGGAGGAAGCAGAGUGUUAAAGGAGCUUUAAAAAUCUAAAUUUACAACCUCGCCUUUCAACCAAAGCCAUCUCUCUGUCUGAUCCAUCUCUGAUUUCGCCUCUCUCUUUCUCUGUCUCCCCGCUGAAGUCUUCUGAAGCCAAAAAUAUACACAGAUGGAUGAGGGGAGGAAGCAAAGAGAGAGGGAGGAUGGAGAGGAUAGAGAGAACUGCAGAAUGGAGGGGGGAAAUUUGAAACCAAAUAAUGAUCUACUGCUGGAGAGGUGGCAUUGAGUGUUUUUGCUUGGCAUCGGGAAACGAACACCAUGCUUUUUAUCGUCUGGAGAGAAAAAAAAUGAACUUGCUGAGGGCAGGGAUGAGAAACUGUGUGUGAGAGAUGGGAGGCAAAAAGAAAAGACUUGUUUAACAAGCUUGGAAGGUCAUGUGGUUGCAACCAAAUUUAAAAAAGAAGAUGAUGCUAGAAGAGAAACACACACUUACAAAGAUGAAAACCAAAAUCUCCAAAUACCAAAAACUGAAAACCAAAAAUGACACAAAAAAAAACAACAAACGGAGAGAAAAGCUUUAGUUCAAAAAGACUUUUGCAUUCUGAUCUGACCCAGGAUCAGUUUAGUACUCCAUUCUACUUCAUGCCAAACAUUUUCCAUUUCAGUCAGGAUUUCCAUCGUUCUCAUUUUCAGUUAAAGAUUUACAAAACAUCUAUUUUUCUAUUAUUUUGUAUUCUUCGCUCUUUAUGGUAUUUAUUGCCAAAUACGUAAGUUUAGUGUUUUACAGCUGAUCCCACAUGCAGGAUAUCUACCUACCUCUCUCUUUACAGUGCAAACCUACCAUACAUUAGAACAGACAGUGUUUGUUUUAACCAGCCUGGAGUGGCAGACGGGUGGGAUUUACUACUAUAAUUACCAUAGCAUCAGGUAAGAUGCCAAUCCAUACACACCGUAGUAUAGAAAUAACUUCAAAAAGCUUUCCUGUGAAUGCCUGAGCUUUCUGACAUUCAUUAAAUCCUACUCUGUGGCAAAACCUACCCUUCUGGCACGUAAAUAGGAUAAAACCAACCACACACGUUGGAGAAUCCCAUUCGAUCCGGGUGGUUGUUUAGCUGGUAAUGUCAAUUUAAAAGAUCCACAGUGAUUUUUUGGGAUUGUUUACAUUUUAAUUUUCUGUUCAAGACGAAAAUUUCUAUCAGGAUUUCCAUCACCAUCAUCAUCAUUAUCAACAUUUCCAUUGUUAUCUCGAAUGUUUGCUCAAACGUAAACAGUAUUUACACUGCCUAUCAAACAAUACACACACCACAGGCAGAUGUGGACAGUCUUGGGAUUUUUCAGCAUUAUUUGCCUUCUUUUAUUUAUUAUCACCCCAUACCAUCAUCAUGUCAUCUUCCAGACUGCUCAUCUACCACCAGACAGUCACUCUUGGAUACCAAAGCAUCGCCUCUGGCAGCGUUGUCUCUGGAUUCGCCCGGGAGACGAGUGUCCAGACAAAACCUCAGCAGUGUCAAAGGAAAACACACACACA